GAUUUGAAGAUGUCGGCAUCUGGGGAAAAGAGCUCGAAGAGUCCGAAGGAUGACAAUUCGACAUUGGGCAACGGUAAAGGAAAAGGAGUAGCAAUUGAGUUCAAUUAUGAUAAAUUGAAUGCAUCUAAUUCUUAUAUAUCUAUGCCAUCCGGGUAUGCAUCGUAUUUUGAUGGUACAUAUUAUGCCGCUUGGAGGUAUAAAAUUAAAUUGCAUUUAAUUUCUCUUGAUCCAAAUAUUUGGAAGAUUGUUUGAAUGACCGGAUGAUGGUGCUAGUGAACAAAAUUAGAGAGCUUGGAAGUGAAGAGCUUGAUGAUCAUAAGGUGGUGAGAAGAUCGUUUAUAGCUUUUGCACCAAGGAACCCUAACUUGGUCACACUCAGCCGAGAGAGAAGGGAUUACAAGAGGCUCACACCAAGUGAUGUACUUGGGAGGAUUCUUGCUCAAGAGCUUAUGGAGGAGGAAGCAAAUGAAAUAAAAAAUCUUGUUAAGCAAAGCUCCACCUCUAAGAACAAAGAAGUAGCAUUCAAGGCAAGCAAGAGCAAGCAAGUUGCAGAAUCAAGCUCAAGUGAAGAGAAAAGCUCGGAUGAUGAAGAGAUAGCCUUCUUUGUUAGAAAAUUUAAAAAAUUCAUGAAGAAGGGUGGCUAUAGCAAGUAUAAGAGAGACAUGUUCAGGAGAAGAACAUCCAUGAGAGCUUGCUAUGAGUGUGAUAAAGUUGGUCACUUCAUCGUCGAUUGUCCAAACAAGAAGAAGAGUAAGAACAAAUAUGAGAAGAAGAACAAGACUUUCAAAAAGGGCAAGUACAACACCCGCAAGAAGUACUCAGGUCAAGCUCACAUCGGUGAGGAGUGGGAUUCCGACUACGACUCCGACUCUGAUGAUGAAGGAGUCGUCACCAUCGUCAUUCGCUCUUCUACACCAACAAAGUCACUUUUUGGUGAUAUGAGCGACGACGACGACACUCCCAAGUGUCUCAUGGUAAAAGAGCGCAAGGUGGCUAUAUGAUGGGCAUGUUCUCACUACGUACUGUUGUUGUGGCCGGUGGGGACUAGUGAAUUUUUUACCAAACUUGACUACAAUUGGGUGAAACAGAAAAAGGACAAGCUCAAGUCUGCAGUCUGCACAGUGAUUUGUACCGUUCUGCUCUUUCUAGUUCUCCCAGAUGCAAAUAAAAUAGUUCAUGAGUCAUCUAUCAUCCGUUUCUCGACAUUCACAAGUUACAAUGUUCAUUCAUAACUAAAAGUUGGUCCAUACUGGAUGCAUGCUCCUAAUAAAGCAGACCAAUUUUUGUUACAAGAUGCAUACUUUUAGACCGCCCUUAAAUGAUUGCAGCUUAUUUCU